CAUCGACGUCACCUUCCGACAAACAACUGAAAGGCCGCAGAUUGGAAGUAGCGAUGGGCUCUGACUGUAGACACGGGAAUAUCGAGGGGAAGAGCAGACGCAAUGGGAAUGAGCAGAAGGAAUGAUGGUCUCUUCGACAGAGCUCGCUGUCCUCAGUUUCCUGACCAUCUUCUCGUCUCCUCUCGCACAUCAGAACCACCACAUCACAUCAUCUGCCGCUCUGUUAGCCCGUCACUCGCUCAAUCAUAACAAGACUUCUGCUUCGACAUCAUUACAGCUUCAAGAGACACAUUCUUUCCAUCCACCCUUGAACAAAACCCAGCCUUCACACUUCAAAGAUGCAUUUCCUCGCUUAUCUCGCAGCCGCUACUCUAGUCUCGGCAGAAGCUUUCAGCAUCUCCGUGUUCGCUCCCAACACCGACGUUGACGGUGCCAUCCUGCAUGCGUACGACCACGGCUUUGCAACCCAGCUAGAGGGCCCAGCGACCUACUGCCCUCUGAAGCCUGAAACCGAUUGCCCUAAGGUUGCUGGCACGCUGGUGAGCAUGAACAUGGAGUACAUGGCGGUCCAAGUACCCGGAGGCCAGGAAAUCUACGUCGGAGCCGACGGGCAGGUUCAGUAUAUGACUGCUCAUUCGCAUGCACUCCCUCCGGGAGCAAUAGUCGGCGGCUGGUUCCACAAAGGGAUCGAAUCCGCUUGUCUGGGACCGCUAGCACACGACUUGGCGGACUUCACUGACGGCAAGGGCAAUGGUGGCCUUGUCCUUUGCCCCGUGGACUGGACUAUAAAGGGCUCAACGCUAUAUGCUAAGACUAAGGGUUUCAAGGAGAAAGGUUGCACCGACAUCCUUGGACUGCAAAUGACUUUGUCAAACUCCAGCGUUGGAUGUUGGCAAUACAACUGAUGGGGGGAUGAUGGCUUAUUGUUGACCGCGGUUAUACGAAUUCAUUGAUAGGAUUAGUCGGCAUUGAUAGCACCAGUAUCAUUCUUAGAUAUUCAACGUUUUCUU